AUGAUGGCUACUGACAUAGACUUCAGCUCGGUUUACAAUUGUGAUCUCAGCUCUGUUUACAAUUGUGCGUUUGAAUUAACGCAACUCAUUUCAACAAAGGCUACCGAGUCAACCGAGUUUUUUACUCGGAAAAACGGCGCUUAG